AUGGCCGUAGACGACCCGAACGAUAGACGGAUGGAUGAGAUGAUAGUGCUUGACACAUUCAUCUUCGAUGGUCAAGCUCCUGAUGGGGGUACUUCAUUUGGUGUUGUGGUCACAACACAAAGAGUCUUCAGGAAUGUGACCCGUUCAGUAAGAGAUAAAGAUGAGACUCUAGUCUGUGCAACUGAUGGAACUUAUAAACUACACUUUGGAGGGUGGACUGUGGUUGACUGUGGCUCCGUCGGAUUGACGUGGUCCAAAAGCAAGUACGUUCACAGGUUUAUUCCUUGGGUGUAUAUGUUCGUCAGGACGGAAUCAAAAGCUGGAUACGCCAUGAUGUUUGAGGUUGUCUGCGAACGAGCUCUGUCGUUUCUAAGAGUGGAAGUACAAGUUGCGUUUGGAAGUCGCGACCACUCAGAGGCUAUUGCGUCUGCUUUUUGUGAGGUAUGA